AUGUGGCAAAGAGAACGAAAACAGGGUGGAACGGGAUUAGACUUGGCUAAAAAAGCAGUAUUGACCAUGCUUGAGGCAAAAGUGAUAGGAGGCUUAAAAUCGGACGUGACCAGUUUGGUCGUCUACGGAACUGAUGAAACGAACAAUUAUCUGAACGAUGAAUCGGGCGAUUAUGAACACAUAUCUGUGCUUUAUUCUAUCGAACAACCCAAAUUACCCAUUUUGCGAACCGUGAACAAUGAACUUCCUCACGGAAAACAUGAAGCUGAUGUCCUUGAUGUACUCAAUCUCGCGUUGGGAAUGAUCAACAUGCAUUGUAGGACUUUAAAAUACACGAAAAAGAUCUAUCUUUUGACAAAUGGAGAAUCCCCAGUAAACCAAUCGGAUUAUGAAGCAUUGGUCGAGCAAAUAAAUUCGUCAAAUGUCGAAUUGAAUGUAUUAGGAGUGGACUUUGAUGAUGAAGAGUUGGGUUUUUUCGAGGACAAUAAGUCUAGCACAAAAAAAAACAACGAGGAGUUUCUUCGCAAAUUCGUCAGUGAUUGUCAGCAGGGCACAAUCUUCUCCAUGGAAGAAGCGUUAAGACAACUUUCAAAGCCCUACAUAAGACCAGUGAGACCAACACCGAUCUAUAGAGGAACGCUGACCCUUGGUGACUUUGAAAAAAAUCCCCAAUCAUCUCUCAUGUUUAACAUUGAAAUGUAUAAUCGAACGACCAAGGCAAAGCCCCUGCAAGCAAAAAAGUAUUCCUCCAUCGCUGAAACCUCUACCAGCAAUGACAAGAAAACGUAUGAAGUAAACGUCUCCAAAUCUUAUUACAUAUCCAAUAAUAACGAGAAGUAG